AAUAUUAUAGAAAAGUGUUGUGUACAUCUAGCAACAUGAGAAAUACCUUGUUAAUAUUGGGUUGUUUCGUUGCAGCGACCGCGUUAACUUCAGCAUACUCUGUUAAAAAAGAUUGCGGUAAGCAUGACUCGAGAAAUAGAUUGAUAGCAAACAUUAUUAAAGUCAUCCAACAAAAGGAAACGGCUUUGUUCCAAUACUUUUACCGCAAACAUGCUUCAAAAUCCAUAUCAGUAACGGGAGUAUUAGAAUUUAUUGCAAAAACGCUCCAUGCAUUAUAUAAACCACACGAUGCUGCAAGAACAUUAAAAACUCUUGGUUUGGAUAAUAUAGAACAGGCGAUAGAAAUUACACGUUUUAUAGUAGACGAAAUCGAGAAAUGUUCAAAUGUGCAUCAAAAAUACGAAGUAUAUGCUGAUAGAAGUAACCGAUUUAGAAAUUCUUAUAAAAAUAACUUGGCGGAUGUGUGCCGUGGUGAAACUAAGUAUAUAGACUAUAAUAAUGACCGAGAAGUGGAUUAUUAUAUCAACAAAUGGUUUUCGUCUCCGGAAAAUCAAGAUGGUAGAGUAAGAAACCGCUGUUUCAAAAGGAAUGGUAUUGUAUUCUCAGCAAGUUUUAAUUUAAUCGCCAGUUUUGAUAAUAAUGUCGACAAUACGCUAAGAAAUACACACGUCAAUUACCGUUUCAAAAACGGCGCAGUAUCGCGAAUGCCAGCUCUAUCAGGAAUAUUUGAGGUGUUGUACUUCGAAGAUAAGAAAAUAAAUGCGCAGUUCAUACAAAUUAGUAUAAACAAAGGAGAUGGUCACGUGAUUUACGGCUUACCCCAAAAUAGAAAAGAUCUGCCUCUUGUGAUCGAAAAACUAAGUAACGAAACACAAAGAAAUAUUUUGAUUAAAUCUAUGAAACGGAUGAACGUUGAGAUUACAUCGAUUAUCGGAGCAGCAUUCAUGAAAAACGGCAUGGAACAAUAUUUCAUCAGUCAGGGUAUAACUCUUAAUGGCUAUACUAAUGUACUCCAAGGAAGUACUGCCAACGUCAACGCUAUAGUACAAAACAUCAACAUUACUUUGCAAGAAGUGAAGCCACAGAGUCCCUACCCAUCAUCACACUUACAGGGAAGGAAUAAGUGCCGUACUAAAUUCAUAAUUAAUAGCGCAGUGGUGUAUAAAAUUGCGUUAACAAAAUAUAACAUACCUUAUGGAUUUGGGUUAUAUGAUUUUGCCAAACACGGAGAAUUCAACUGAACACCUCGUGUCUUUUUUCCGAAGAGCAUCAUUUGUGUGUUGUGUGCUUUUGAUUGAUAAAUAAAUAUUUUGUGGUAUUCA